AUGAAUAAGGAGUCAGAUCGAGGACGACAGCAACACGACCAAAUAGGCGCUAAAGUAUCGACAUUUUCCACUAGUGAUGAUGCUAACACCUCUACCACAGCUGUGUUAUCAAGCUCAAUGGUGCAUGACAAACAAUCUGAAGCAUCAUCAUCUCCGAAGCCGCGCUUGUACGGUUUUACGGCGAAAAAUGCGCGUGUGUUCAGCGAUAUUGAUUCAUUGAAAAUGUAUCAAUACAAACAAAUGAACACACAUUUUCGUCGUUCAUCGAGUCCGCCGUCAGGUUUGAGGAACGAACCAGAAGAAGAAAUGCAUGAUAACAUUCAAAAAGAGGAGGAUGACGAUAACAUCGAUUAA